AUGACAAAUCUAUGGUAUUUUUCAUUGAUUGUUAUUUUCAUAAGUCUCGGUUCAAGCACUGUCGUUGGAAAACCGAUUCUUUUGGCAUGUGAUACCUAUGCGACAACAUCAACAUGCAGUCGAACACCAACCGAAGGCAAUAGUGAAUGUGAUACAUGUUGUAACAUGUUAUUAGAACGUAUGUUCAAUUGUCCACCAUGUCGUUAUUUUGUUCUUAACAAUCGUCGACAAGGAUCGAGCUGCUUUUGUACGAUAUGUUUUAAACAAAAUCGUCAUCGACGUCGUCAUCAUUUACAAGAAAAUGAGCAACUUCCAUCUUCUCGUUUUGAUGGCUAA